UGCUGGCCUGACAAGGACACAGUGGGCUGGAAUGACAUUUGUGUAAGUUAGCUAACUAAUGCUUGCUAGGUUGUUACAACCGUGGACAAUGCUGUAAUUUCUCUAUAACACCUGGCCGGUAGAAUCAUUACAUCUCCAUCGACUUCGAUGGUUUCCGUUUCUGAAAGGUUUUCGGAGUAGAGUCCAGCAUUAUACGUGGAAAUUUUCUGGAGUUCUACAAUCAGAAGCAGGCGGCUUCUCUGGGUUUGUCGUCUCCUCCUCAGCUGUGGGUGAUGGUUAGCCGGUGACUGGGGUUGCCCCUGCCCCUGUGGUGAAUGGCUGUGAGCAGAGGGGGCAUUGCCUUCUGGGUGGGAUGUGUCAGGAGCCAUGGCAGAAGGCAACCCAUCAAACAACACUGGACUGUCAGCCAGACAGCUGACUGGCAGUGCAUUGGUCACACUCGACCUCUUAGCAGUGCAUCGUGGGCCCUCGCACCUCCCAACAGCCUGAGAUAUCAAAAUGUGAAACAGCCAGUGCUCUCUCACCCAUUUCACCAUGCCAGUCAGCCGCAAAGAGCUGGUUGCUUUGAAGAGGAAUGGGAGGACUCGGUCUCUGUGUGUGUGCUGGUGCGACCGGGGGAGUCCUGUGGCCAGCAUACCCUGGUGGAGAUCCCUCUGUUUGGCCAGACUAAAACAGGAGAGCACCUUGCUCCAGGGGUCAACAAGUCCAUGGAGUUUCUCUUCCCCUUGACUACAGUAGAUGGCAGCAGAGAGGACGACAUUAGCGUUGAGAUGAAACCCCACAGUUUGAAGGGAAACAGUGCUGAUGCUGGAAAGAGAGAACAUGGGUGUUUCCGAAGCCUAUUCGAGGCAGAAGGAUGUCCGGCACCGUUCAUGUACGGAUCUCGUUUUUAUUGUUUUCACUGCCCGGGUACAGAGCCCGUGUCUGGUUUUGGAGUUAAAGAUAGGCAUGGUAUUGGACUUGAGAACAAGCCGUUGGAGAUGUCUCUUCUGCUGCCCGUCUCUCUGUGCAGCCCUGCAGAGAGAGCAGAGGGGGAUCAUAAUGGAGGGGAAAGCGAAGGAGAGGAGAAACUGGCCUUGAUAUAUGAAAGGCUAAGGAUAGAGCUUCCCAGCUUCUUCUUGAAGAGCCAUGAUUACACCAUGUACUCCAAUGAUGUAGAAUUCGUCAACGGGCUUAUAAACACCAAGACCAGGGGCCGUCUAGUAUACCAGCUGACCCUGUCCCUGUGGCGGCUGCUGUGCUUCUGUUACUACGUGGAGGCUCGCCUGGAGGUUCUGAAGCUGACCAAGCACAUGGAGGACGGGACCAUUAAGGCUCGCUGGAGGAUCAGGGGCCUUCCCUUCCACACUCUGCUGCUGCGCUUUUACCGCAAGGACAAAUCUCACCUCUACAGGUCAUAUGAUGCAUUCUCUACUUUUUACAUCGGCCAUGAUGGACUUAUUCACUGUCAUAAAGUUGAAAAGGUGAUGCAGGCUCAGCCCCCCGUCCUGCCCAGGGUAACCUCACUGCUAGCGGGGGCUCUGGUGGCGCUGGGGGUGCAGGAACACCGACCUGCUCUGAAUCUGCUGCCCCUCCUCCUGUCCUCCCUCCGACAGGGCAGAAACUGAGGGAAGGGGGUUGACAGGAAUACAGCCUGGUGGGAUGGACGUCUAUGCAGUGCUUACCAGUUUAAAUUUCUAACCCUAAAUAGGAAAACAGAAAAAAAUGGAAAAUGUCGUGCAGUAUUCCCAAAGCUGAACUUUUUGCUUGCUCUUUCAUUUUUUAAAUUUGUUUUAUUAUUUGAAAAAAAUUGCAAUUGGAAUAGUAGUCUUGAAUGCAUAACUAGGGUAUUACAGGACCACACCAGUGAUUUUGCAUGUUUAUGGAUAGAUCUACAAAAUGUAUAAACUUCACAUUUCUGCUAAUCUUUCCCCAAAGCAAGCAGUUGCAAUAUCAUUUUUCCUCUCUUUUCU